UCAAUAGCUCAUUGUUCAACGGGACGCCGGCGCCAUCGGCCGAUGAGCUGGACUAUUCCGCUGCCGAGACGUCCAACACCACCAUCGACUGGUCGUCUCUGACGGCGAAGGAGUGCUUGAAAUACGGAGGACAACUUGUGGGCAACAACUGUGACUACGUCCCCGACAUCACCCUCAUGUCUUUCAUCCUCUUUUUCGGCACUUACACCUGCUCCAUGGCCCUGAAGAAAUUCAAGACCAGUCGCUAUUUUCCAACCACUGCCCGGAAGCUCAUCAGUGACUUUGCCAUUAUCUUGUCCAUUUUGAUUUUCUGUGGAAUAGAUGCCCUGGUAGGCGUGGACACACCGAAACUGAUUGUGCCAAGUGAAUUCAAGCCAACCAGUCCCGAGAGGGGUUGGUUUAUCCCACCUUUCGGAGGGAACCCAUGGUGGGUGUACCUGGCAGCAGCCAUCCCUGCACUGCUGGUGACUAUCCUCAUCUUCAUGGACCAGCAAAUCACAGCCGUCAUCGUCAACAGGAAGGAGCACAAGCUCAAGAAAGGUGCUGGAUAUCAUCUGGAUUUGUUCUGGGUGGCCAUUCUGAUGAUCGUAUGCUCCUUUAUGGGUCUGCCCUGGUAUGUUGCUGCUACCGUCAUCUCCAUUGCUCAUAUCGACAGCUUGAAGAUGGAGACAGAAACUUCAGCCCCUGGAGAACAGCCCAAGUUUUUGGGAGUGAGGGAGCAGAGAGUCACUGGAGUCAUCGUCUUCAUUCUGACCGGUGUGUCUGUCUUCAUGGCUCCCAUCCUAAAGUUCAUUCCCAUGCCGGUGCUCUACGGCGUCUUCCUCUACAUGGGCGUCGCUUCCCUCAACGGCGUGCAGUUCAUGGAUCGUCUGAAGCUGCUCUUGAUGCCUCUCAAACACCAGCCUGACUUCAUCUACCUGCGCCACGUCCCACUGCGCCGGGUCCAUCUGUUCACCUUCCUGCAGGUCGUGUGCCUGGCCCUGCUCUGGAUCCUCAAGUCGACCGUGGCUGCUAUCAUAUUCCCUGUCAUGAUCCUGGCGCUUGUAGCAGUCAGAAAAGCCAUGGACUACCUCUUCUCCCAGCAUGACUUAAGCUUCCUUGAUGACGUCAUUCCAGAAAAGGACAAGAAAAAGAAAGAGGACGAGAAGAAGAAGAAGAAGAAGAAGGGCAGUGUGGACAGCGACAAUGACGACUCUGACUGCCCCUACUCAGAAAAAGUCCCAAGUAUUAAAAUACCAAUGGACAUCAUGGAGCAGGAACCUUUCCUAAGUGAUAGCAAACCUGCCGACAGAGAAAAAUCACCGACAUUCCUCGAACGCCAUACGUCGUGCUGAUACGAUUCCUUUCCUUCGGUCCCACACCAUGCCAAGCCCUCCACGAACUCCGGUAAAAGUCGUGCCUCAAAUUAGAAUAGAACUCGAGCCUGAAGACAGUGGUUAUUUCUGGAGGAGCAAGGGAACAGAAACUACUUUGUAAUUUGUCUGUCUGGUCAAUCUUUUACGGAAUUUGUCACUAGCCAAAUAUUAAAACGCUCUCUGCUCCCCACCCGCAUAAGUAAAUAAGAC